AUGCCAUCUGCAAUUCCCGAUAACGAUUAUCUCGGCUUCUGCAAAGGAGCAUCUAAGCUCCAGAACGGUGACCGCAGUGGAGCGUUGCAGAAAUACAAGGAAGCCCAGUCUUGGUCGAGGAAUGCAUCCCGGCGGACCACUCUCGCUCAGCAUCUGAGGUGUACUGCACCAAAGUGUCGCUUUCGCAGUACCCUCAUCUCGUCGGAUGCAGAUGUAAUCUUCGACAAAGUCCUUACCUAUGAGAAGCAUGGCAUCAAGCUGCGGUGGACGUUCCUGGCCAAAAGCCAUGUGAUGCAAAAGGUAGUUCUGAAGGAUCAGUAUGCAUUCAAGUGUUUGUUCUGUGUUUUCAUGGGGCUCGGUGCGCGUGCGGCUGUUUAUGUGGGCACAGAAUACUACCUGGACCACAGUAAGUUCCAGUCGGCUACGCGAAGUGUCCAGGCUGAUUCGUCUCCAGUCAAUAAAGACCACAGAUGCCAGGAUCUUGGCGAGGUCUUGCUGUACAAGACCCUCUGCAUUAACGAUCGUGUUGCCGACGAUAGCGAACAGUUCGACAUCAAUAUAUGGCCACUAGGUGACGGCCCGUCAACCCAGCAAUGGCUAGAUGAUAGCCUGAUCGGCGAUCCGUCGAUUCGACCGAAUCACUUGCCAGGUCCCUCCGGCCUCGGUGCCAACCAGCCAUGGAUCGUAGACAUCAACCUUUUCGAUGACUUCGACGGUACGCAAGAUGGCCACAGUGAGGAUGGUAGUAUAACGAUAGCGCCUCCCUAUCCCGAGCGGCAAGACUCCGCGAUCUGUGAUGAGAAGCAAAGCGCGUUCAGUUAUGAUUCGUGGACCGACAAUCUCGACGAGAUGACGCGAUCGCCUUCCGAGAGAGGAUUUCAACCGUACCGGCAACAAUGGGUUCAUCCUGCGUAUCGUCAGGUACGGCAGGGCCGGUUGGGAUCGAUGAGUGGGAAUCAGUCUUACGACCCGCUGAGCCAAAACACAAGACCGUCGAGAAUGUCUCCCACGCCGAGCUCAUGUUAUACUGCACAGAGUUUGACCGAGCGUUCUUCUGUGGACAGCACUCACCUAGGCAUCGCAGUACGCUUUACAAACCUUCUGCCAGAGUAUUGCUAACCAUCGAUAGAUUUGCAUCGACUCCGUCAUCCAAGUCUUCACAGAGAGCCUCGCCGUGAUUGGAGAAAUCAAACGACAGCCUCGUUUCGCGGGCACAAGCAUCCUCAAGGACCUCGAAGAGACGGUCCGCGACGCACCGUCCGAGAUCCAACACGAAUUUCAAAGCUCCAAGUCCCGACUGGGCAGACCAUUCGAAGCUGGAGAUGCUACAUCGAUCAUGGCCCUGCAGCAGCUGACAGGAAAUCUACACACCAGACUCUUAGGCAUGCUCAGAAGAAUCUUUUCAGGAAGUCUGGCAACUGACGUAGGGUUCCUGGCUAAUGCAGCGGACUCUGGACGCUGGGAAACAAUCAUGGCUCUUCACGACCUGCGACAAAGAAUUUCUCGGACGGCGCCAGAGCGUAGCAGUCGUGCUUUUCCCCCGAGCGCCAUGUCCGCUUUUCAAAGUCCCACACAACACCUUUCACAUAUGCGUCCGGAUCUAUGGAAAGACCCAUGCUUCCCUGCGAACUUGGGCGCUUCAAGCCGGAGACAUUCUGACGAGAUCACUGUCGGCAUGACAAGGCGACGAGGUUCGGUUCUUGUUCGGGGAAAAUCGAAAUUGGCCAGAAGACUGUCGUUAUCAAAAACGCAUGGCGCGGAGAGUGAUUCUGAGGUUGUGCCCAGAUGGAAUAUGAAAGCGAGGACAGUGAAUGCGACGAGCGAGAUUGCGGAAUUGGAUGCAACUCCUAUUUCCAGGGGAUGA